CUUUUACUAGGAGCAGACGAGGUCAAAGUUCGAAGCAGAUAGUGGCUGAUGAACCAAUUCGAACCACCGCAUCUUCGAUACUCAAUCUACUCUUCCUCCAUUACUUUCACCGCCACCGCCACCGCCCGCAUUUGCUGCUGCAGCAAUGUAUGUUCCAGUCCAUCUAUAGAGCUCAAGAUUUCUGGUGGAUUCAUUUGCAUCGAUUGACUCCGCUCCUUUCUGUCUCAGCAAUGUCUUGGAAACUCUUUGUGGUGUUGUUGGUUGGAUUUCUCGCGUGGGCUCACCAUGCCUUUUGCCCUCCAAAAACCCGCAUUUGUGGCUCCACCGGAGGUCCACCCAUCAAAGGGCCCCGAAUCAAACUUAGAGACGGAAGACAUUUGGCUUACGAGGAGCAUGGAGUCCCCAAAGAGAGGGCCAAAUACAAAAUCAUCUUGGUGCACGGCUUUGGCUUAAGUAAACACGAGGCUUCUAUUGCUAAUACGGAACUGUCUGAGCAACUGGACAUACACUUUGUGUCCUUCGACAGACCAGGUUAUGGUGAGAGUGAUCCUGACCCAAAGAGGACAAUCAAAAGCACAGCACUCGACAUAGAAGAACUCGGCAAUCAAUUAGGACUUGGCGACAAGUUUUACAUUAUUGGAAAUUCUAUGGGGGGGCAGGUUGUCUGGGGUUGCCUCAAGCAUAUCCCCCACCGGCUGGCAGGAGCGGCAUUGAUAGCACCAGUCGUCAAUUACUGGUGGCUUAGUUUCCCACCCGAUCUGUGGAGCCAAGCUUAUCAUCUGCAACUUCCACAGGAUCAGUGGGCGCUACGAGUUGCUCACCAUGCUCCAUGGCUCGUUUAUUGGUGGAACACCCAGAAAUGGUUUCCUUGCUCGAGCGUUGUGGGAGGAAGGCCUAAUUUUACUGCACCAGAUCUCAAAAUUAUCUCAAGCUUUGGUGGAAGAUCUUUGCACCGGGAAUACGCUAUGCAGCAAGGAGUGUACGAGUCAUUACACCGUGACAUGAUGGUUGGAUUCGGGCAAUGGGAUUUCGACCCUAUGAAGGAUCUCGAUGACCCGUUUCAGGAUGGCAGAGGUUCUGUUCAUGUGUGGCAAGGGGAUGAAGAUGGGUUGGUGCCUGUAACUUUGCAGCGCUACAUUGCUGAGAAGCUUCCAUGGAUUCGAUACCAUGAGGUACCUAAUGCUGGCCAUUUAUUUGCAGUUGCUGAUAUUAACUCCAGAAAAGCAAUUUUGGAGGAGCUAUUAUUGGUAGGGAAAUAAUUAGGAUAUAUUCUCUUUCUCUUGUAUUGUUUGUUUAAAUUAUCUCUUGUAAAAUUCACGAUUUAUUGUUCCAAAAUAUUUGUAGAAAAUUAUUGUACUAAUUUUAUAUACUUAAGCAUGUGUGUGUCACAAUUGAAUUGAA